UCUCAUAAGGCGCCAAUUACUCUGUACAAGAAGGUGUAAACUAUAAACUCCACUCAAUCACUUUAGUCCUCACUCUUCAAGCCAUGUCACAAUCUGAUGGUCCCAGAUAUUGAACGUUACUUCAGCUUGAGCUCCAUACAAUGCUCAUUUAUCUGAAAUUGGGUAAGACUUAGAGCAUGCCGAUUUAUUGACCCUUCAUUUCAGUAAUGGACUUGAAUCAUAUUGCCAAAGGUUUGCGUCAUUGUGGCCGUAUUCGGGCCUUCAACCCCGGCAAAGCAUUUCAUUGCCAUUUGAUCAAACUCGGCGUCUCAAGCGACGUAUUCUUUGCUAACAAUUUGAUCUCAAUGUAUGCGGGAUUCUGGGAUUUAAAAGAUGCACGGAAGAUGUUUGAUGAAAUGCUUGACAGAAACAUUGUUACGUGGACCACCGUGGUCUCUGCUUAUGCCGAUGGAGGAAGGCCCGAUGAGGCCGUCAGAUUGUACAGCCACAUGUUGGAGUCGAAAUCAGAGAUGCCGAAUGGUUUCAUGUAUUCUGCGGUGCUCAAAGCCUGUGGUCUUCUCGGUGACCUCAAAUUCGGGAAAUCUAUACAUGAAGGGAUAUCUAGUGCCGGGUUGGAGUUUGACACUGUUUUGAUGAACACCCUUUUGGAUAUGUAUGUUAAAUGUGGGACUUUGAGUGAUGCCAAGAAAGUUUUCGAUCAGGUUUUGUUUAAGAAUUCGACUACAUGGAAUACGAUUAUCUCGGGUUACAGCAAGGCGGGUUACAUGAAGGAAGCAGUGGAUUUGCUUUAUCAAAUGCCGGAACCCAAUGUCGUUUCUUGGAACAGCAUCGUUGCCGGUUUUGCAGAUAAAGGAAGCCCGCAUGCUUCUGAAUUCGUGUGUAUAAUGCACAGAGAAGGCCUUAAACUCGACGGUUUUACAUUUCCAUGUGCACUUAAAACCUGCGGCUGUCAUGGACUGUUAGGUAAUGGGAAACAGAUCCAUUGUUACGUGAUGAAGUCAGGCUUUGAGUCUUGCCGUUUUACCUUGUCUGCUCUGAUUGAUAUGUAUUCUGAUUGCAGUGAAAUUAUUGCAGCGUCAAAGUUGUUUCAUCAGUACUCUAAUUGUUAUCCUUCCAUUUGUGAUAAUUUGCCACUUUGGAAUUCCAUGCUCUCUGGAUAUGUUAUUAACGAGCAUAAUAGAGCAGCUUUAUAUUUAGUAACACAAAUUCAUAGGUCAGGUGCAUAUUUGGAUUCCUACACUUUCAGUGGUGCUUUAAAGGCCUGCAUCAACUUACUCAAUUCAAGACUCGGGCUUCAAGUUCAUGGUUUGGUUGUCACUAGUGGGUACGAGUUUGAUUAUGUUGUGGGAAGCAUUGUCGUAGACCUUUACGCGAGAAUCGGAAGAAUCAACGAAGCAUUGAGAUUGUUUCAUAGGCUUCCAAAGAAAGACAUCGUUGCCUGGUCUGGUUUGAUAACAGGGUGUUCGAGAAUGGAACUAAGCCGGUUAGCUUUUUCGUUAUUUAGAGAGAUGAUUAGUUUGAAUCUCGAGGUAGAUCAGUUUGUUAUUUCAAGUGUUUUGAAAGUUUGCUCCUGUUUAGCUUCUCUUAGAAGUGGAAAACAGAUUCAUGCUUUCUGUACCAAGAGUGGAUAUGAAUCGGAGGGAGUUGUGUUAACAUCUCUAAGCGAUGUGUACACAAAAUGUGGUGAGAUUGAGGAUGGUUUAGCUCUCUUUGAAUGCACGACAGAACGUGACACUGUAUGUUGGACUGGGAUAAUCGUUGGGUGCGGGCAAAAUGGAAGAGCAAAAGAAGCUAUUCAGUUUUUCCAUGAGAUGAGAGAAUCGGGAGUGAAGCCAAAUGAAAUCACCUAUCUUGGUGUCCUUUCUGCCUGUAGACAUGCGGGUUUGGUUGAAGAAGCGUGGAUGUUUUUAAGUUUGAUGAAACUUGAAGAUGGACUAGAACCUUGUGUAGAGCAUUACAAUUGCAUGGUUGACCUUCUUAGUCAAGCUGGGUGUUUUGAAGAGGCAAAAAAAUUGAUUGCCAACAUGCCAUGUAGCCCCAACCAAACAAUAUGGAGAUCCUUGCUCGGGGCAUGUGGAACGCACAAAAAUGUCAAACUCCUAAAGACCAUUGAUAAAAAUCUUCUUAAAAGCUUACCAGAAGAUCCUUCCACAUAUGUGACACUUUCAAAUGUCUAUGCAGAACUUGGUAUGUGGGAUAGUUUGAGCAAAGUGAGAAAAGCUUCCAAACUAGUGGGUUCUAAGGAAGUGGGAAAAAGCUGGAUUGAGAUUACAAGUUGAGAAAAUGCUGCUUUAUUGAAGUGAAAGGGAUAUUUGGUAUUUAGCUUCAGCUGCAAGCAAUCUCUGUCUAAACUAUGAGCCAGAUUCCCCAG